AUGGCAGCAUCAACAUCAGGAGGUAAAGCCAAGUACAUAAUCGGUGCUCUCAUCGGAUCUUUCGGAAUCUCAUACAUCUUCGACAAACUUAUCUCCGAUAAUAAGAUCUUUGGAGGGACUACUCCAGGAACUGUCUCUAACAAGGAAUGGUGGGCGGCGACGGAUGAGAAGUUCCAAUCAUGGCCAAGAACCGCUGGUCCUCCCGUCGUGAUGAAUCCCAUCAGCCGCCAGAAUUUCAUCGUCAAGUCGCGUCCCGAAUGA